UGCCCCAUUCUUCUCGAGUCUGUAUCACUGUCAACUCUUUGAACUGAAACAAACUUUAUGUAGAAAAAAUCAGGAGAAUAGUUUAGAGCUCCCUCCGGAAACAUCCAGAGAAUCCUCAAGGCUCGACGUCAAUGGCGAGGGUUCCAAGCAAGCACUCUCGCGAUCAAUUUCAGGACAUGCAGGGGCUCUUGAAUAACUUACAGGAUUGGGAACUAUCAUUGAAGGAUAAAGACAAAAAGAUGAAAUCGCAGGCUCGUGGCAAAGAGAAGUUGAGAGAAGACUGGAGCCAUACUAGUGAACUUCCUACUGGUCCUCAAGUUACUGGGACACAACGAGUUGGCAAAUCUACCUCGAUCUCAAGUGCUGCUGGUCCAUAUGAUUAUUCUAAAAAGUACAAUCCAACUAGCCAUCUAUCAAUUGAAAUGUUGUCAGAAGAGAGUAACAUUGACGCCAAUUCAGAGAAAGAGCUGGGUAAUGAGUUCUUUAAGCAGAAAAAGUUCAAGGAAGCUAUUGAUUGCUAUUCUAGAAGCAUCGCACUUUCACCAACUGCAGUAGCUUAUGCCAAUAGAGCAAUGGCCUAUCUUAAGAUCAAAAGGUUUCAAGAGGCAGAGAACGACUGCACAGAGGCCUUGAAUCUGGAUGAUCGCUACAUUAAAGCAUAUUCUCGCCGUUCAACUGCUAGGAAAGAACUUGGAAAAUUGAAAGAAUCAAUUGAAGAUGCUGAAUUUGCCUCGAGGUUGGAACCACAAAACCAAGAAAUCAAGAAGCAGUAUGGAGAAGUUAAGGCUCUGUAUGAGAAGGAGAUUCUUAAAAGAGUAUCAGCAGCAACAGGAGUUUCUGCACAAGGGGCUCAAAAGACUGGAAAGACAAAUAAAACUGGCCCUGUGAUCCAAUCUGUAUCAGGUAGUUCUCAAAAGGUGGCUGAAGUUCGGAAAAUUCCUGCCAAGGAAAAUAAUAGAGAUGUUCCUGGGACUGCUAUGGAAGUUGAAGAUACUCAUAUGCAGAUUAAUAGCAAAGAUUCAGAUGCUUCUGCCACCGUUCCUACCCUGAAUCCUGCAAAGAGAACUCACAAAAAUAGCAAGCAAGAACUCAAGGAAUCUGUCCAAGAGCUUGCUGCUCGAGCA